UUCCGGUCCCGCCCGGAAGUAGCUUCUCUGUUUUUCCCGGGAUGUCUAAAAAGAAAAAGAACAACAACAGACGAGUCAGUUGAAUCUUUUAAUCGGAUUAUUCUUCACAUGUUGUUCGCGUGACGUCGUGACUAUUUGAAAAACUCGCAUGUCCGAACCCGGAAGUGUGUCCGCUGUCCGGUCCGGGUGAAACAUGGUGGACGCGGAUGAAAUCGCCCGGUUGUGCUACGAGCGCUUCGCCGCGCUGCCCCGGCGGGGGAAGCCCGAGGCGGGCAGAGAGUGGACCCUGCUGGCCGCGGUGCUCCAGCUCACCCGGGGGCCGGACUGCGACUCAGUGAAGAAGGAGAUCGUUUCUCUGGGAACUGGAACCAAGUGUAUUGGACAGACACACAUGAGUCCUGAAGGUGAUGUACUGAACGACAGCCACGCAGAAGUCAUCGCCCGGAGGGGCUGUGUCAGGUACCUGCUGCAGCAGCUCCUCAGGGUCGCGAGCGGCGGCGACAGCUCCGUGUUCUGUCCGUCUGAUGAACGAGGGAAGUGGAGACUGAAGCCUGGAGUCUCCUUCCUGUUCUUCACCAGCCACACUCCCUGUGGCGACGCCUCUAUCGUCCCCAUGACGGACAGCCGGUCUGAGCCCCGCCCCCCCGUCGACCCCGGACCACAGGGCAGUGAAGAGACGGACGCUGGCGGAGACCUGAAGAGGAAACGAGAGGAGGCGAGCAAUGGUCCGAGCACCAAGCUGCUCCGUCUGGGUGAGACGAGGACACUGGAGAGAGGACAGAGUCCCGCCGCAGAAACACCUGUAGAACCAGAACCAGAACCAGAACUCUGUCCACGGGUCCCGGACGUCCACAGGACGGGGGCCCGGUGUGUCCCCGGGGGCCCCGACGACCCCCUGCGGCCCGGGGCCGGGUACCACGGCGCGGGGCUGCUGCGGGUGAAGCCGGGUCGGGGCGAACCGACCCUGUCGCUCUCCUGCAGCGACAAGCUGGCCCGCUGGGCAGUGCUGGGCUUCCAGGGCGCGCUGCUGUCGCACUACCUGCAGGAGGCGCUGUACUUCAGCGUGGUGGUGACGGGGAAGUGUCCAUACAGUGGAGACGUGAUGCAUCGGGCGCUGUCGUCAAGGUGUUCCCACGUGUCCGAUCUCCCGGCCGGUUUCUCCGUGAGUCCGCCGCUGCUGCUCCGCUCCGACCUGGAGUUCCCUCUCAGCCAGGCCCAGACCGAGCUCCGGCACCGGGCCGGACAGGGACGCGUCUCCCCCUGCGGGGCAGCCAUCAGCUGGUGUAAUGUGCCUGAGCAGCCACUAGAUGUCACCGCCAACGGCUACAAACACGGAGUCACCAAGAAGAAUCUGGGAACUGUGAAAGCAAGGUCUCUUCUGUGUAAAGUGGAGCUGUUCCGCUGCUUCCUGUCUCUGGUUUCAGCCACGGAUCCGUCAGCGCUUCCCGACUCGCUCAGGGGAGCCGACCUGCAGACGUACUGGGACUACAAGCGGGCGGCCCACUCGUACCAGCGCGCCCUGCAGCAGCUGCUCCUGCAGGCCUUUCCUCUGUGGCCGCGCAGCGACAGACGUCUGCUGAUGUUCCGCUGAAAAGAACCUGCAGCUCAGAACGUUCCACUGAUGAAACAGAAUCAUCUCCAUCCAUUGUCACUUUUUUAAUUAAAUGAUAAAACUGCCUGAAAA